UCAUUAAGCAAUUAUAUAUUUAGGAUAGCAGAUAAAAUACACUUACGCAAAACUGUUUUGAUUUGUUUGUUAGUAAAUAUACUUUAUUUAAUUGUGAUCGUCUAAUAUUUGUUGCCGGCCGUUCAUUGGUGUAUGUGCCGAUACAGAUGACGUGUGACAUUUAAAUACCUGAUAAUAUAUUUAUACUUAUAUAUCCAAUAUAUAACAUAAUUUUUAUACAUAUUGUGUGUAUACAUUUGACAAACAAAAAUAAUGGGAAGUAAACCGAAAACCGAUUCAAAGGACAAAGCUACUCCUGUAGAACCUGUCAAAAUAAACAAAUGGGAUGGUUCCGCAGUGAAAAAUGCAAUUGAUGAUGCAGUAAAAGAGGUUAUAACAGGCCGACUAAAAUGUGAAGAAAACUUUAAUUUAAUGGACGGCAGAUUGUUAAUUUGUGGAAUAGCAGUUGGUGUAGCUGGAUUUGCUUUACUUUGGGAUGGUAUUUAUCCAUUUCCCAUGUCAAGGCCAGUGCUGAUUAGUUGCGUUAUGUCAUAUUUUGUGCUCAUGGGGGUUCUUACACUUUACACUACAGUGAAAGAAAAAGGAAUAUUUGUGGUAGCGGCCAACAAAGAUACUGACAAAUAUAUAGAAGCGAGUUCAAAUCUUAAAAAAUAUGAUGACAAAUACACAUUAUCAUUAUUGAUUUGUGACAUAGCUCGCACUAAAAAACGUGAAGUCUCUGUUACUAAGUCUGUUGCGUCUUUUAUUGAUGUAAAUGGUGUUGUAUUACCUGAUUUGGUCGAGAAUGAAGUUAUGAAACUAUAUAAUUCUAGUGGAAAUAAGAAAGAUAAUUAAUUUAUUGUUGUAAAUAGCAUAUAUAUAAAAAUGAUCUUUUAUAAAUCGAUGAAAUAAUUUUACUUUUUUGUCAGUAAUAUAACUAAA